ACACAGAUGUUUAGAAAUUACUGGCCUUGUGAAAGCAAAAUACACAAAAACACUUUUUCACAUGCCUCUGUCCUAUUGUCAGAGUCAUUUCAAGAGUGUCUUCCUCACUUUGCUCCAGCUGCUCUCUACUGAAGCAGAACGCCAGUGAGCCAGACUCCAUGGACAAGAAGGUGGUGCUGAUCACAGGCUGCUCCUCAGGGAUCGGUCUCAGCCUGGCUGUCCGGCUAGCCUCUAACCCUGACAAAACAUUCAAAGUCUAUGCCACAAUGAGGAACCUGGCGAAGAAGGAGCGUCUUUUAGAGUGUGUGAAAGGCCUGCACAAGGGCACCUUGGACAUUCUCCAAAUGGACGUCACAGACCGGCAGUCCAUUCUGGAUGCAAGAGACAGGGUUGUGGAGAAACGAGUGGACAUUCUGGUGUGUAAUGCUGGUGUGGGUUUGAUGGGGCCACUGGAGCUGCAAUCCUUGGACUCAAUGAGGCAGAUUCUGGAGGUCAACCUCUUAGGUACCAUCCAGACCAUCCAGGCUUUCCUACCGGGGAUGAAGGCUCAGGGCCAUGGCCGCAUUCUGGUCACCGGCAGUACAGGAGGGCUUCAUGGUCUCCCUUUUAAUGAGGUGUACUGUGCCAGUAAAUUUGCAAUAGAGGGAGCAUGUGAGAGUUUGGCUGUCCUCCUACUACACUUCAAUAUCCAUGUGAGUCUCAUUGAGUGUGGUCCAGUCAACACUGACUUCCUGGUCAACCUGCAGAAGGCAGACCUUGGGGAUACAACUCUCCAACAGGUCGAUACCCACACACUCGGCCUCUAUGAAAAAUACCUGCAACACUGUGACUCUGUUUUCCAAAACGCAGCACAGGACACUGAGGAUAUUGUAAAGGUGUUUCUAGAUGCCAUCCAGUCACCCAGCCCUGCAUUCAGAUACUUCACCAGCGGUGUCGUUCCACCUCUUACCCAGCUGAAGAUCACAGAGCCAGAUGGCUCACUGUGCAUCCAUGCUAUGAGCAAAAUAAUUUUCUCAGCUGAGGAAAAAUAAUUUCCUCUCUUGCACAUGCACGCUUCUACUUCAUGUGCAGACUUGGACCUCCUUAAUUUUAUGUACAGAAGUUAAUAUUUUGCUGUUUUCAUUUGGUUUCCUGGAAUAAAGUUGAUGAUCUAUGACUGACUGUUGUUGCUCAACUGGAAAGGGAGUGAGUUCGGAGUUUUGUGGCUACAGUUCACACAAGGGAGUGACCCUAUGUUUCUAUUUUUGAAUGUCACUUGUAAAAUGUUACAACCCUGAUCACAAAAAUAUGAAAAUACCCCACGUUCUGGUUGGUGGAGAAAUAUUUGACAAUAUUUGUUUUAAGUGAUACAAAAGCUUUUGCAUUCCAGAUAUUUGAUGUAGCUCCCAGGAGUUUCUCCACAGGCAGUGAAAGCAAAGUGCAUAAUUUGAAUGAACGCAACUGAAUAUUGUCUUUUCUGUUGUUGACUUUACUGCUUGCCUUAAAUUGCUUGAUUAGUUAUAAAUGAAUAAAGAAUUUA